UCACCGCAGCCAUCGAAAACAGUGGCAGCGAAUUGUCGCUAAAUAACAAAACUACAAAUAGAAAUUUCGUGUGUCCACAAAUUAUAGAAAAUUAUAAAUUAAUGUAAGAAAAUCAUUUUACAAAUACAAAUACGCAAAAAUUGUAGUGAAUAGUGUUGGAAUGGUGUCAUCUUUGCAAUGAAUAAAUGUAAAAUUCCAGUGCACUGAACAGAAAAAUCAAUUUUGAAAGCACCAAAAAGCCAAAGCACUCGUUAGCAGCAGAGACGUUGGCAGAGGCAACGGAGUGACAGCGGCAGCACGAAAGGCUGAUUACCGUGUUUAAGUGUGAAUCGGUGGUGUAGUUAGCACAGAACACAAACAACAUUAUCAUCAUCAUCAUCAGCAAGGCCCAAGAAGACAUUGACACCCACGCAGUAACAGAAAAUCACUUGCAUGGAAUUAAUAAUUGUCUAGUGUGUCGGCGUGAGGCGGAAAAAAAUUGUGUUUAAAAAGCAAAGUAGCCCAGCAAAAGUAGGGUUUGAGUGCGUCGUGUGUGUAAAUCAGUCGUAAAGUUAACUCAGUUGAACAAAAAUCGUAUGAAAGUAGGAGGGGCUAGCAGGUGUUCACGCAUGUGUCAAUGCGUGAGUUCGCGUACGGCAAAGUGCAGAAGGAAAGUGUGUGAAAUAUAAAAAAAAAACCAUUGGCCGGCGGCUUGUUAUUCAUUGAAGCGCAUACAAGCAACGUCAAGUCGUUAAACAGGCGGCGUUCCAACGUUGCUGCCACAGUCACAACCAAACGGGUGUCCAAUUCGUGCCGUACGUGGCGUUUUGCCAAAGCUAACUCUUUCAAGGUCGUCGGCAUUAGAGUUGCAAUAGUGUGUUGAUUCAUAGCCAAAAAGGCAAAGCUAUUUGGCUGGAUAGGUAAUAACGUCAGUUAAAUUUACAGUGCCAGGCGACGGCUAUUAUAAAUUAUAAAUAAAAAAAAACAUAAAAUGGCCAUUAGUUUCGAGAAGCAUCGCGCACAAAUUGUCGCCGCUUGGAAAGAUGUGUUGGAUGACAAAAGCAGUACUAACUGGUCACUUUAUGGCUACGAAGGUCAAACGAAUGAACUGAAGGUUGUCGGCAGUGGUGAGGGUGGCGUGGAGGAGUUAUGCGAGGAUCUGAACAGUGGCAAAAUUAUGUAUGCUUUUGUGCGCAUUGAGGAUCCAAAGACGGGUUUGAAAAAGUUUCUACUCAUCAAUUGGCAGGGCGAAGGCGCACCAGUGUUGCGCAAAGGCACUUGCGCCAAUCACAUACACGAUGUCGCCAAGCUGCUUUCCGGUGCGCACUUAACAAUAAAUGCACGCAAUGAAGACGACAUCGACUUGGAACGUUUGGUUAAGAAACUGAGCGCCGUCAGCUCGACGUAUAGCUUCAAGGAGCCACGUGGUGUGCAGGAUGAACAAAAGACACCGGUUGGCACAAAUUACACGCGUGUCAUACCGACCAAAGAGUUGAAUGCCAGUGUGAUGCAAGACUUCUGGAAGAAGGAGGAGGAGAAACGACGCAUAGCCGCUGAGAAGGAAACGAAGCGACAACAGCUGCAUAAACUCGAGCAGGAGCAGCGUGCACGCGAAGAGAAGGAGCAUUUGGAGCGUGAAAAGAAAGUGAUUAGCACAUCCAAACUACAGCCGGCGCAUGUGCCGAUUAAGACGUCACCACAGCCGCUGAGUCCCGAAAAGACUGUCGCUGGCAAUUUCACCGCCGGCAUGACUGAAGCUGAACGCAUGCGUCAACAGCGUAAUCAGGAAGCGCGCGAACUUAUUGGGUCGCGUGUCAUUGCGGCUAAAGCAAUUUUCACGCAAAACACCAGUCAAGGCCAAUUGCAAACGAAAUUAAAUACCGCACCACCUGCCAAACCUGCACGCACUUCCAUAGCGCAACGCAUUAACGCCUUCAAUCAGCCACAACCCGUUGAGACGGAGCCGCGUAAACCCUCACCUACACCAGGCAAAGUUGCGCUAUCGAAAUUCGAAGAUGUUGGCGCCAUUAAUAACACACAACAACAGACGGAACUGCCACAACAACAGGCAACUGCUGUACAUACCAUCACACAACGUGCGCCUUCACCGGCCACUGUCACUGUGCACACAUCCACAUUGACACCAACACAGGUGUCGAUUGCACCUGUUGUUGCCUCUGCUGCUGCUGCUGCCGCUACUGCCACUGGUGUUGCGGCAGUCGCCGUGGCACCGGCGUUGGCAACGAAUGCACUGGAGGAAGAGCAGAUAGAAGAUGUGGAGGCACCUGUCAAACCAGAAAUUACCGCAAUUGCCAAUAAUGAUGAUGUGCCCUCGGCAGCUGAUGAUUAUGCUGCCGAGAAUGAGGAACAAUAUUCCACUAUAAAACGUUCACCGCACAGCAAAUCGAAUUCACUACAAUCGCCAGAGACUUCAUCGUCUAAUGCGACCGAUACGGCUGUCUAUCAGGAUCAAGACGAUGAGGGUGAUGAGUUGGAAGAGGAGGAGGAGGUGCGCACAAAGGUGUCCGUAACGGUGCAACAGCCACAAUCGGUAAAGAAUGGUUUGAGCAGCACUUUGGAUAGAAAUGAUUUGACUGAUUUGGUUAACGAAGAUGACUUCAUUUGCCAGGAGUCUUUAGGCGAUGUUGGAUUGAAAGCCAGAGCUUUGUACGAUUACCAAGCAGCUGAUGAAUCAGAGAUUACUUUCGAUCCGGGCGAUCUCAUCACGCAUAUCGAUCAAAUCGAUGAAGGCUGGUGGCAAGGUCUCGGACCAGAUGGAACUUAUGGACUGUUUCCGGCAAAUUAUGUCGAAAUUAUUAACUAAAAAUGAAUAAAAGAGGGAAUUAAUUACACACAUACAUACAUACAUACAUAUAUACACACAAAGGGAAGAAAACCACAGAUUUGAUGAACAAAAAAAGAAUUUUACAGUUUUUCUUAAACUUUUACAAAUGCAAA